AUGUUGCACACUUUCAUCCCCUUCAUCUUCUUCACCCGUGAAGAUCGAACAAACAAACACAAACCCCAUAAAAAAAAAAAUUUGAAACCCAAUUGACUAAUCAUUUCAACUCUUCAAAAAGUUUCAACAUCACUCAACAAUCUCCGUUAACAAUGAAGCUUCAAAGAUUUGUGAUAUGUAUGGUAACAAUGAUGGGGCUUUUGUUAUCAAGCGGUCAAUCACUACGGUUCGAGCUGGAAUCGGGUCACACGAAGUGUAUAGCAGAAGAUAUAAAGAGCAAUUCGAUGACAGUUGGUCAUUAUUCCAUCGUUAAUCCCAAUGAAGGACAACCGUUACCUGAAUCUCACAGAAUCACUCUCAAGGUGACUUCGGCUUUUGGGAAUAGCUAUCACUCCUCUGAAAACGUGCAGUCGGGUCAAUUUUCCUUUCAAGCUGUCGAAGCCGGAGAUUAUAUGGCAUGCUUUUACGCCGUCGAUCAUCAACCACGGCUUAAAAUCCCUAUUGAAUUCGAUUGGCGGUCCGGUGUUGCCGCUAAAGAUUGGUCCACUGUUGCCAAGAAAGGUUCAGUAGAUGCAAUGGAAUAUGAGCUGAAGAAACUUGCGGAUACCAUCACGUUGAUUCACGACGAAAUGUUUUAUCUCCGAGAAAGGGAAAAAGAGAUGCAAGAGCUUAACAAAGUCACAAAUUCGAGAAUGGCGUGGUUGAGUAUUCUUUCGCUUUUUGUAUGCUUAUCAGUCGCGGGGAUGCAGAUUUGGCACUUGAAAUCUUUCUUUGAGAAAAAGAAGCUCAUCUGAUUUCGAUCUUUAGUUAUAUCAAUGGAUUAUAAUCUAUAUAUUUGUAGUAUCUCGGCGUCCACGAAUUCCCAAACUUGAGAAAAAUCAAAUGAACUGAUAUUUUGCGUUUUUUUGUUUA